GUGUGUGUGAGAUGUGAAAGUGUCUCACCAACAAUGAGCUAAAUCUCUCCUUCUGACGCAGUUUAGGACGUUUUUGGACCUUUCCUGACAUAUUUAUUUAAAACUUUAGGAGGCAGAUAUAAGAUCAGCGUCAUGGGGGAACCGCAGCAGGUCAGCGCCCUCCCGCCCCCUCCCAUGCAGUACAUCAAAGAAUACACAGAUGAAAACAUCCGCAAAGGUCUGGCUCCGAAGCCUCCUCCGCCCAUCAGAGACAGCUACAUGAUGUUCGGAAACCAGUUCCAGUGCGACGACCUGAUCAUCCGCCCUUUGGAGAGCCAGGGCAUCGAAAGACUGCACCCGAUUCAGUUCGACCACAAACGUGAACUAAAGAAACUCAACAUGUCAAUUCUGAUAAACUUCCUGGACUUGUUGGACAUUCUUAUUAAAAGCCCUGGGAGUAUAAAGCGCGAGGAAAAGCUGGAAGACAUUAAGCUUCUGUUUGUUCACAUGCAUCACUUGAUAAAUGAAUACAGACCACACCAAGCCAGAGAGACACUGAGGGUCAUGAUGGAGGUACAGAAACGACAGAGGCUGGAGACGGCCGAGCGCUUUCAGAAACAGCUGGAGCGAGUGGUGGAGAUGAUCCAAGGCUGCCUCGCUUCGCUGCCCGACGACCUGCCUCAGAUGGACGGGGCUGACGGCUCCGGUGAAGCGCUACGGAGCACACCUGCCGCGCUGGCCCCCGCGGCGGCUCCACCCGGGAUGAUGUCUGAGCCCAUGGACGUGGACGAGCCAGGCGCCAGCUGUAUGUCCACUACGCAACAGGACAAAGCCACGACUGGUCUAAAACGGGACAAGAUGUGGGACAAAGACGCAGCCAUGUGUAGUAUCAUUGAUGAAAUCGCGUAGCUCACACAAUAUGUAAAUGUCUUAUUUUGGUUUGAAUGGGAUUUGGUGUAUUUUUUAAAUCAGACCUGUUCUGCAAAUGCAACUUUUCAGAGUUUUAACCGUGUUUGUAGUUGUUUCCCUUCAGCAUUUACUCAUUGAAAGUUGUAUUUGGAGUGAACCAUGUUUGAGUAAUCUUUAAUCUGUUAUUUUUAAGACGCCAUUUUGUCGAUUUCCCCCUGUUAAACCUCCACUGUGACACGCCCGCUGUGACGUCCGCACUUCCUUCUCCAGUUUUAUUUUCUUAAUCAGUGAUACUCGUAGGAUUCGGCAGCGUCGCGUCGUCAUUUUGGUACAAAUGUCUGCGUAAUCGUCCAGGUCUGAUCCAUAGUAAAAAGCCGACGUUAACUCUAUCAACUCGACAAAACUCCUACAACGUUUUGUCCAGUUGAAAGAUUUAACUUCGGCUUUUACUAUUUUGGUACAAAUGAAAAAAAAAAGUGCUGCUCUAGCUGUCCGUAGGGGGCGCUGACAGCACGCGGAGCUUUGUUGUGAUGACAUUUACAGCCCAUUGGUUUUCGAACUUGAAAUCGUCUGCCGUGCUUCUUUUAUCAAGUCGUUUUAGAUGAAUAUUGUGAUUUAAAACAUGUAAAUUACAACAAAAUGAUCCACGAGCGUCACAGAUUAUAACUCCAGAGCACAAUGGGUCUGAUUUAAAACACCACCACAGUCGUAUAAUCACGCCUCAUUGAAAUAGAACUCCUCUAUUUCCAGUGUUGUUUUUGUUCAUCCAAAUAAAGUCCUGGUGAAACAUUGU